AUGUACCUAGCAUAUAAAGACAGAUGCGCGCCUCAACAGAACGCGACAUUUAUCAACCCGGUCGUCUACAGCGACUACCCCGACAACGAUGUAUCUGUUGGUCCUGACGGAGCGUUUUACUUCUCCGCUUCAAACUUUCACUACAGUCCUGGCGCACCAAUCCUCCGUUCCUGGGACCUCGUCAACUGGGAACCUGUAGGCCACUCCAUUGAGCGUCUCAACUUCGGCAAUGGCUACGAUCUUCCUCCUACUGGCGAGCGCUCGUAUCGUGGUGGCACUUGGGCAUCUAGCUUACGAUACCGGAAGAGUAACAAGACCUGGUACUGGAUCGGUUGCGUCAACUUCUGGCAGACGUGGGUCUUCACUGCUUCCACUCCCGAGGGUUCGUGGUCCAAUCGAGCGAACUUCGGCAGUAACAAUUGCUUAUAUGACAAUGGAAUCUUGAUCGACGAUGACGAUACUAUGUACGUUGUUUACGGCAACGGUCAAGUCAAGGUUUCGCAGCUUGCUGCGGAUGGCCUAAGCGUAGUGAAGACGCAGGAUGUCUUUAGCGCGGCAGAUGUAGGCGCCGACACUAUCGAAGGGAAUCGGAUGUACAAGAUCAACGGCACUUACUAUGUGCUGAACGACAGACCUGGCGGCACAACAUUCAUCUGGAAGUCGAAGAGCCCGUGGGGCCCUUACGAAGCCAAGGAACUGGUGAAAGACAUCAGGUCGCCCGUGGAAGGAGGCAAUUCACCCCACCAGGGUAGCUUGAUUCAGACUGCUGAUGGAAAAUGGUACUUCAUGUCGUUCACUUGGGCAUACCCAUCCGGCCGACUGCCUGUCCUGGCACCCGUGACGUGGGGUUCAGAUGGCUUUCCUAUUUUUGUCAACGGCGACAAUGGCGGCUGGGGCAAGACUUACCCUCUUCCACUGCCAGCAAAGCCUGUCAAGCCAUUGACAGGUACAUAUCGUUUCGAAGGUCCAUCGCUUGGACCGACAUUUGAGUGGAACCAUAACCCAGAUACAACGAAGUUUUCAGUCAACAACGGUCUGACGCUGCAGACUGCAAGCAACACGACCGAUCUCUACUCAGCCCGCAACACUCUCACUCAUCGAGUGUUUGGCGAAUACCCGGUUGGAACUAUUGAGCUCGACUUUACCUCCAUGGCCGAUGGUGAUCGCAGUGGUCUAGCAGCGUUCCGUGAUCGCAGUGCUUACAUCGGAAUCCAUCGAGAAGGAACAAAGUACAGCAUCGUGGCCGCGCAGAACAUGACUAUCGACGAGUUUUCGGGAGUCACCCUCGAUCUUGGCCAUGUGGUUGACACCGCGCAGGUGCGCGAAGGUGUGCGCAAGAUCUGGUUGCGUACAACGAUGGAUGCUCGACCGAACGGCAGCCGCGACGCGAACUUUUUGUACAGCUACGAUGGCAAGAAGUUCGUCCAGCUGGGUACGACGUAUGAGCUGUAUAAUGGCUGGGCUUUCUUCCUUGGCUAUCGAUUUGGUAUCUUCAAUUAUGCGACAAAGGGGCUCGGAGGAUCUGUGAAGGUCAGCACGUUCACGUCUGCGUAA